AUGCAUGAUUAUCGAGUUCCCGCAAUUCUCGCGGAGCAGAUUACGGAGCCGACUCGAGUGCUCUUCCUCUUCAGCAACAUCUUCAUCAUGAUCAUGGUGCCUCUGAGAUUCGCCUGCACCACGCAAGCGGAGGACAUCUUCGCCGUCAUGUCCAUGGUCACCAUCGCCCCUUACUUUCUCUUCUUCUGCCGGGGGUUCAAAACCGUCGGUCCCUUCGUCGUCAUGAUAUACAAGAUGAUCAAGGGGGACCUGCUGAGGUUCGUCACUAUAUAUUCCGUCUUCAUCAUGGGAUUCGCACAGUCCUAUUACAUCAUCUUUCUAUCGUACAAGAAAAUGGAGCAGCCACCCGAAGAAGACGACAAAUUUUGCACGGACACGAAUCCGAUUCCCACGAUGACGGAAGCAAUUCUCGCCAUGUUCAUCAUGUCUCUCAACAAAUACGACGCCAUGUAUUCCUCUUUCCGAUGCACGAAUCACGAAACGUUGGCGAAGGUCAUGUUCGUGACGUACAUGGCCAUCGUGACGAUCCUCCUCAUCAACAUGCUCAUUGCCAUGAUGGGGAACACGUACACGAAAAUCGCGGAAACGAGGAAUGAAUGGCAGAGACAGUGGGCUCGAAUCGUGCUGGUAGUUGAAAGAGGGGUGUCGCCGAAAGAGAGACUCAUCAGGCAAAGGCUCUAUUCCCAGCCCAUGGCCGACGGGAAACUUGCUUUCAUCAUUCGGCAUCAGCACACGGACGAGGACAAAGAGGAGCUGAAGGAGCUGCAAGAACUGCGUGCGAACCAUGCGAGGAACGUGAGCCGACGGCUCAAGGGAAGCAACUUCAUGUCUUCGGUCAGCCUCAGCCCCAAGCCUCUUGAACAUGGAUCGAGUAGCAGUCUCAACUGAGUCUCAACUGAGUCUCGACUGAGUCUCGACUGAGUCUCGACUGAGUCUCAAAUGCUUCUGCAAGCGUCUUCAAAGCUUUAUCUGCUAAAUGAGAUAGACUUAUUUCUUCUCUUUAGAGCUAUGAGAAAAAUAAAUUAUCUUAUGCCGAG